UUUCAGUUUUACAAAAUAAUUGAAUCCGCUGGUCAAAAUAUCAGCUACGAUUCAAAUCUCGAAUUCUGAUCGCCAAAUAAAUUACUUGUUGGUUCAGGGAUAAUGCAGCAGAGAUACAAUUCAAGAGCACCGGAAAAUCAAGGGGUGAGUUAGAGCUGAUGACUGGGUGAGUAACUAUGAUAGGUCGAUGCUCAUAUUACUAUCGCGCCAGCUUCUCCUGCGCCACUCGCCUUAACUUCUCUACUUGUUCACUCACGAAAUCUGUAUGUAUACAUGAUGAGGAUUGUGGCGAUUUCUUGCCCUGGUUGAGGCGAAAAUCCGGAACUGACAUUUCGUCUUUUUUAUCUAUAGGAAACUCUUCUACUUAUGGCAGGUAUUUGUUUGCUUCCAAGUGCAUAUACACAGGGGAUUCCAUACUCAAGGUUCCUUGCAGCGUGCAAUUGUCGCCUGAUAAUCUCGUACCACAAAUAAAAUCAUUGUUAAAAGAUGAAGUCAGCGAUAAUGCAAAGCUUGCUGUUGUCAUUCUAGUUGAACAGAAAUUAGGCCAGGACUCCGAAUGGGCCCCAUACAUUAGCCGUCUUCCGCGGUUGGGAGAAUUGAAUAGCACGAUAUUUUGGAGUAAUGAUGAUCUGGAGAUGAUUGAGAAAAGCUCUAUAUAUGAAGAAACAAUCAGACAUAACAUUCAGAUUGAAGAAGAUUUUUUGGCCUUAAAACCUGCUCUUCAGCACUUCCCUUCGUUUUUUCAAGAAGUCACGCUGAAGGAGUUCCGCCAUGCAUAUGGUUUAGUUUCUUCUCGGGCAUGGACUAGCAUGAAGGGUGUAUCCAUGAUACCAUUUGCAGAUUUUCUAAAUCAUGAUGGCAUUUCUGAGGCGGAUGUAUUAUGUGAUGAAACCAAACAACUGUCCGAGGUCAUUGCAGAUCGUGACUACGCUCCAGGUGAUCAGGUUAUGAUAAGAUAUGGAAAAUUUUCCAACCGCACCCUCCUGUUAGAUUUUGGUUUCACACUUGCUGACAACGUCUAUGAACAGGUUCAGAUCAAGUUAGAUAUUCCUCAUCAUGAUCCCCUGCGUUCAAUGAAGAUGGAUUUGCUCUGCCAACACUCCACACCAGUCCUUGAAGAUGAUAAUGCCUUCAGCUCUUGUGGAAAUUCAUUUAUGAUCAAACAAGUAAAGUUGGGUAGCAGGAAAGGGAGAGGUAUCCCUCAGGCACUUCGUGCAUUUGCUCGUGUUAUAUGUUCUACAUCUUCACAAGAACUGAGUGAUUUGGCCAUUGAAGCUGCAAAAACUGACGGUCGGCUAGCUCGACAACCCUUACAGGACAAAGACAAAGAGUUACAAGCUCAUCAGUUCUUGCUUUCAAGGAUCAAUCAACUAAUUGAAAAUCAUGAUGUUGCUAUGGAGUCACUUGCAGUUCCCAGUUCUCCGUGUAUGUCUAACAAACAUUCUCUAAGAAGGAAACUGGCUCGAGAUCUCCUUAACGGUGAGCUAGUGGUUCUUAAAUCUGCUGGUGCAUGGCUAAAGAACUACUGCGAUUCCUUGUAACAGAACAGAGAAGCAGCGGAACUCCCGAGUCAAGAAGAGGGUCUGCUCUGUUGUAGUUUACAGAAAAGAUAAAUAAAUAAAUUAUCUGUGUAUGUGCAGUAACUUCUUUUCUCCAGUAUCAAUUAGUUCAGUCCCACCUCCCAAGCCCCCAACUGCAAUAAAUUAGAGCAUUUUCACGUGAAUGUCAAAUUUGUAAACGUUGCAACAGACAUUGUACGUUUAUUAACUAUCUAUUAUUCCAACUUUGAUUUCA